AUGUUUUCGAGACUUCAAAAAUUGUUUCGUUCGGUGGAGAAUAAAGGGGAUCUCUUAUCCCACAAUAGCGUUUGUGAGGAGAACAGUCUCACAACUGUCUCGGCGUCAGACUCCUCUAGCGAGCAGAAUGUCGAAAUAGAAGAUAAAUCGACGCCGUCAGUGCAGACAUCUUUAGAGCCAAUUGACGAAGGUCACGCUGCACAAUGUUCAUGCCCUAACUGCGUUGAAGUUCUAUCUAGAUUCUCAGAAUGCAAUAUUUGCAUGGAACCCUUACAGUGUCGCGGUCCUUGCGUUUGCCCAUCGUGCGGCAGUGUAUGGUGUACGAAGUGUUCCCGUCGCAUGUAUCAAUGUGCAUGGUGCCGUCUUUUAUUCCUAAAACCGGUUACACGGUGCCUAGCACUACAGCGGCUGAUCAACGAUCUCAUGCUGCCAUGUUGUAAUUACAGCCGAGGCUGCACAGACCUGCUCACAGCUACGACCAGACAGAAACACGAGGAGGAUUGUAAAUUCGGUGAUAUGAUGUGUCCUGUAACAGAAAAUUGCUGUACUAUUCCGUUCGAAGAGUUAUCAGUACAUAUUCAGUCAACACAUGGCAUAACUGCCAUGUACUCUCAGGAAAUAAAACUUCUACUAAAAAACUCCUAUAUACCCGAUAUCAAGGAACCUGCUAGCCGUAGAACUAAAUACAGGUACAUAAUUCUCCUUGACGAAAGCGCUUUUGUCAUCAAACUCAGCAUUUGCAGCUAUCAUUUCCGAGUGGAUGUGAUGAGAAGAAGACUACGACAUACAACAGAUCCAAAAUCGGAAUCGAAUAGAAGUGGAUACUGCGCACUAAUAGAAUUCCAUACCCAGUCCACCGUCGUUAAGAGAAUUAAAUUUAUAGAUAAUAACACGUAUGGUAGGAAAGGCAGUGCGCAGUGGACCUAUAUUCCAAUGGAAUUAGAAAAGGAAGACACUAUAGAAAUCUGUGUAAAUAUCACAAAGUCCGAUACAGAAUAUUCCUGAAGUAAUUAUGCCGGAUCAUAAGAUGUUUUAUGAUAUUUUAGAAGCUGUCGAAAGAAAUUGUGAUCUUAAUUGUGAUGAUAAGACUGAAUUUACAAAGACAACUAGUACUGUCUGAUAAUCAUGAGAGAUCUUUUCAUUUGCAGUGGUAUGUUGUGACUGAUGUAGUUUUAAGUAAUACCUAAUUUACAUUUAAGCAUUUCACUGGAAGAACAAAUAUAAGUUGUAAUAUUUUUU